CUAAUUCUACCAAAAGAGAGUUGCAGAGUUAAAAGAGUGUGAGAGAUGGAAGCUAACAGCAUGGAAAGGCUGGUGGCUCCAUUUGUGCUGAAGACAUAUCAGAUGGUGGACGAUCCUUCCACGGAUUCAUUCAUCGCCUGGGGUAAAGCCAACAAUAGCUUUGUAGUGAUAGACCCCAUUGAUUUAUCUCGUAAGACCCUUCCUGCUUACUUCAAGCACGAUAACUUCUCAAGCUUUGUUCGUCAGCUCAACACCUACGGGUUCAGGAAGGUGGAUCCAGAUAGAUGGGAAUUCGCAAACGAGUCGUUCUUGCGAGGGGGGAAGCAAUUGCUGAAGAACAUCAUACGAAAGAAGAACAACCGGAGUAGUUCUUUAACAGGGCAGAUCAAGCAAGAAGAUGGGGUCGAGGAGGAGGGGGAGGCCAUUCUGUUAGAGCUGUCAAGGUUGAAGCAGGAGCAGAACGCCUUAGAGGAUGAGCUCCAAGGGAUGACCGAGAGGUUACAGACCACGGAGCGGCGGCCCCAACAGAUGAUGGCUUUCCUAUUCAAGGUGGUGGAAGACCCUGACCUCAUCCCUCGAAUUAUGCUCGAGAAGGGAUCGAUCACCUGUCUCGGGGAUAAAAAGAGAAGGGUCAUGAUCGAAUCAUCCCCUACGACGACAACCACCACCACCACGAACAGCACGGCGGAGGAGGAAGAGGUGUCGUUACCGGAGAUGGGGUUUGGAGUAAAGAGCUUUUGCGAUUCGCUUUCGUCGAACACGUCGCCAGGGUUGACAAGCAAAAUCACUCAAGUGGUACCUCUUCCACCAGAGACAUCCCAGUUUCUUCCCUCUUCCACCAGAGCCUUUAGUCACAGCUACUCACCCCGUUCUGGCUACUACUGUUACGUGGUUACAGCCGAUCGACUCGGUCCCCUACAACGGCAACUCAAUGACGUUCUUCCCGGAGUUGGGCGUGGGCGGCGGUGGUGA